UCCUCGGCACGACUCGGCUAUUUCCGCCUCUUUGUUUUAAACUCCAGCCGGAAUAUUUUUCCUCCUCAUUUUUCUCUCAACUAAGGGGGGACUCAUUGGGAAGACGGGAGACCCCCCCUUUCGGCCCGCUGCUUCCAGGGGGCUUCCGUAGCCCCAUCCCUGGCUUUGCCAGCUGCACAGACACACACACCGAGGCUUUCCCUUUUGCCCUGUGUGUCUGUGCUCUGUGGCCGCUGGUGAGAGCCCCUCCAGCCAGCAGCAGCAGCGGCUUCAUCGCCGGAGACACAAGACACCGCCACUACAGCGCCGCUCCACGACACCAAAGAUGCUAACUAGAAAGAUAAAACUCUGGGACAUCAACGCUCACAUCACAUGUCGUUUGUGCAAUGGCUAUCUCGUUGAUGCUACUACUGUGACGGAGUGCUUACAUACCUUUUGUAGAAGUUGCUUGGUGAAAUAUUUGGAAGAAAAUAACACAUGUCCUACAUGUAGAAUUGUUAUCCAUCAGAGUCACCCUCUACAGUAUAUAGGUCAUGACCGAACAAUGCAAGAUAUCGUUUACAAAUUGGUGCCAGGUCUCCAAGAAGCCGAAAUCCGAAAGCAGAGGGACUUCUAUCACAAACUUGGAAUGGAGGUGCCUGGGGACAUCAAAGCAGAGAUGUGUGCGGCUAAGCAGCACGUAGAAGCUGUACGAAAUGGUGAGUCAAAGCCUGAAGAAAAUACAACUAAAGAUACAACAGAAGAAAAACAAGAAGAAGACCAUGACUGCCAUAGAAGCGAUGAACAGGUCAGUAUAUGCUUAGAAUGCAAUAGCAGCAAGUUACGCGGGCUCAAGCGAAAAUGGAUACGGUGCUCAGCCCAGGCAACAGUUUUACAUCUCAAGAAAUUCAUAGCCAAAAAACUUAAUCUUUCAUCUUUUAAUGAGUUGGACAUAUUAUGCAAUGAAGAAAUCUUGGGCAAAGAUCACACACUUAAGUUUGUUGUUGUCACAAGAUGGAGGUUUAAGUCAGAUGGUGUUAACAUAAAUCACCACUUCUUCUACAUUACAGACCGAAAAUGGACUUGCUGUAAAAGAACUUAUUUGUCCUGUCUGGACAAGGUUUUUGCAGAGACUAUCAUGGGCACCACCACAGUGCACCUCAUGAUUCACGACAUGUGACCUGUACCAGCGGAUUCAAGCCAGAAGAUUGUAGCGCACACACAGGAGAACCUCUUCACUUCAAAAUGUUUCUCGUACGCAACACAAUUACCAGGAUUCUGGACAGAAAAAAUAUUUAUACUUUUUGUACAAAAAGAUAAUUUUUCACAACUCAAGACACUACCAGCAUGGCGUUUACAAAUACUAAACACUUUUUUCAUAGAUAUUCAUGUAUUUGCU